AUGUCGACAGAAGCAGAUAUAAAGGAAUUUCUUAAAAAAAAGGACUUCUACGAGAUUUUAGGUGUUUCUAAGACUGCUACAGAUGAGGAAUUAAAAAAAGCUUAUAGAAAAUUGGCCUUGCUCUAUCACCCAGAUAAAAAUAAAAAUCCUAGUGCCAAUGAGGCCUUUAAGAAAGUUGCUCAAGCUUACGAUUGUCUAUCCAAUCAAGAUAAGAGAAGAACUUACGAUCAAUAUGGGACUGAAGAACCUGAAUAACAUUACCAACAUUACAGGCAACAAUGGGGAGAGAGUCCAGCCGAAUAAAUAUUCCGAACAUUCUUUUCAUAAAAUGGAGGGUUUGAUGAUUUAUUUGAGAAUGGAUUUGGUGCUGGAUUCGGAAAUGGUUUUGGAGGAUUUUAAUUUGUUCAAUCAAGUCCUGGAAUGUUUUAUUACUCAUCAGGUCCUCGAAGGAAUCGUGGUCAUCAUCAAUAAAAUCAAAGACAACAAGAAUUUGUUGAUUAAGAAUUUUAGAAUUAAAGAAGACAGAUUUAAAGAGGACCCAAUUGGAUACAAAUUUCAUGCUAUUUGAUUUUUAUCUACAUUUUCUUUGGAAGUUCAAUAGUUCAAUUCCUGAACUACGUUUUCUCUGAAACACCAUAUCACUAGUUAACAAAAGAUAGCACAUAUAGAAAUGUGUUAGAAACAGAAAUUUUGGGCCAGAAGUUCUUUGCUAGAGAUGAAUACCUGAGCAAGGAUGAGAUGUUCAAAAAGAAUUACGAAGCAGAGAUUGAUAGAGAGUAUUUGGUUGAUUUGGAUAAUUAAUGUAUAAAGGCGAAAAAUGAAAAACAGAGACUAUUCCAUGAGGCCAAAAAGUCCUGGUUUGUUAGUACUCAAGAAAAAUACUAGAAUUUAGCUAAUCAAGUUAACAUGGCUAGUUGUAAUUAAAUAAAUGAAUAUCGAAAGAGCAUACGAAACUUUUCUCAGAUUUUUAAAAUAUGA